AAUUGUUCCCACUCAUAUAAGAACUCAGCUUCUCCUCCACGAGCUGUUCACUUCAAACCAUAGACAGAAACACUAAAAGCGAACAGAAAGGGCUUGCUUUGUGUUCCUGUCAUGGAAAAUGGUGCUUCUUACGUGGCGAUGGUGCUAGUUCAAUUGGCCUAUGGAGGCUCGAACAUUCUCAUGAAGAUCGCCCUUGAGAAGGGGCUCAAUCAGCUCGUCUUCAUUGUUUACCGCCAUUUGAUCGCCGUGUUAUUAUUAGGCCCUCUCGCUUAUGUGCUUGAAAGGAAGCAGCGCCCUUCGCUCUCGGUCAAAGUCAUGGCCAAAAUCUUCGUGCUCUCCUCCCUCGGCACCACCAUCCAUCUCAAUGUGUACUAUGCUGGCUUGGCGUACACUUCCGCGACUGUCGCGAGUGCCUUGAGUAAUGUCAUCCCUUGCUUAACGUUUCUCAGUGCAGUUAUGCUCGGGAUGGAGAAACUCAGCAUCAAGAACGCUAGUGGCCGAGCUAAGAUUAUUGGCGCGCUUAUCUGCCUCGGCGGGUCUCUCACGUUCACCUUCUGGAAGGGAGGGUACCUGAUAAGAAGCCUUCUGAAGAGGCCACUGAUAAGCCUUCAAGACACCAGUAAAGCUUCUGAUGUCUUGAAGCAUGGAAAAGAAAAUUGGAUCAAAGGUUCUUUACUUAUCCUGACCAGUCAUAUUGCAUGGAGUGCAUGGCUUAUUCUCCAGGCUGUCAUAUACAAAGCCUAUCCAGCUCGACUGUCCCUCACUACUUUGAUUUGCUUCUUUGCAUCGCUGCAAUCUUCUGUCCUUUCUCUGUUCUUCGCGCGAAAUCGGAGCUUGUGGAAGCUGGGGGUGAACGUGCAGCUGUGGACCAUCAUCUACUGUGGAGUCGUGAUAUCAUCGCUAGUGUACUAUCUGCAAACAUGGUGCAUAAGUAAAAAAGGGCCGGUUUUUGCGGCAAUGUUUAGUCCGUUGCUACUUGUGAUCGUGGGGAUAUUCUCUGCCGUAGCGUUUAAAGAGCAGUUUCAUCUGGGCAGCCUAAUAGGAGCUUGCAUCAUUGUUCUGGGGCUGUACUGUGUGCUCUGGGGCAAAAGGAAGGAGAGCCUAUACAAUGCACAACUGGAGAACCAAAAAGGCGUGGCCGAUUGUAAUACGCAGGAGAUCUCCGUGACUACUGUCAAGUAGAUAAGGGAAUCACAUCUUUGUAUACAAAGUUGAAAAACCGUGUCAUUGGUUCCUCGACUGCCAAUGAAGAGAGCUGUAUACCAUCAGAUGUUAGAAAAAAUUUCUGCUUGAAAGUUGACCGUAGAUCAUCCUCAGGAAGACUUUUUUCUCUUCAGUUGCACUUGUUUUCUCAAACAAUGCUGAUUCCAGACAAUACUAAAUGCCUCGUGGAUUUGUCACAAAACUGUAAAGCUACAAGCAGUGAAUGCAGAGCACAAUUCACAUGGUUUUAAUCGA